UCUUCACCAGCUGGUAAGAAGUUUAUGUCAGACCUACUAAUCAACAGCUUGAUGGCAGAAGGGAGUCUGGAAUCAGCCCUGGAGACAGCCAUUGACAAUGAAAUCAAGGAAGGUGCUGGAGAAAACGACAAAGAAAAAACUACGGAAAGCAAGGACAUCAUUGCUGAUGUGCCCCUCCUUCACCUUACCCAACAGCUGCUGAAGACAUCGUCCACACAAGUGUUAAGUGAAUUUCAACAAUUAUUUCUCAAGCCACCUACUUUACAGUGGCCCUAUACCCCUCCACCACGCCCCAUGACAGUCGAGUUACUGCUCAAGUUACAGAGGCUUGUUAUCGGCAGCUUUUUCCUACAUCAUGAAGAUGAAAGACCUUGGUAUUUGAUUAAAGGUGAAGAAAAAGCCCUGAGUUGCAAGCAACAAGGUGCUGCACUACUGCUGCAUAAGUAUGCCACUUUGCUUUGUACCCAUGCUGGGGAGAUCCUCCCAGUAGCCUCAUCAUUAGCGUCAAAUGGUCCUCGCCAUUUUGUCGUGUCUUCCCAAAUAAUCCAGCGAGAACUAACAGGAGUGUUAUUGCCUGAAUUCCUGACUGCCAUGGUCCUGCUCCAGACCUGCAUGCCAAGUAUUAUGGACUCGUCAAGGACAGUUCCUCUUAUCAGUGGCCUGCUUGACCUGUUAGACAAGUUUAACAGGCUUGCUCCUGGGGUGCAGAAAGAAGAUGAGGAGGAUCUGGCCUGGCCUGGUGGUAUAGGCAGUCCAACGCCGGCUCGCAGGAGAGCUGAUGGUGACAUCACGUUCAUUAGGCCUGAAGAUCUGGAAAAUCACAAUAAGGAUGGUGGACUGUGGGUUGUUAUUCAUGGUAAAGUGUACGAUCUUCAAGAUUUCAAGGAUCAAGCUCCUUGUGGAAAGGAACUGCUGCAAUCAUAUGCAGCUUCUGAUGCAACUCAAAUAUUUGAGGAAACCAAACAUUCGGUAGAAGCAAGGGAAAUGAUGCAAGCAUUCUUUGUCGGUAUUUUCGUGGAGGUGAGUCAAAUAAAGGCACAUUUAAACGGAUCAGUUUUACGUUUUUUCUGUUUUAUUUGUUAUCCAUCUGUGUCUUCCUAA